AUGCCCCGCAACACCCACCGUUCUACUGCCUCGCAAGCUCGUAAAAGGACUCCAACUACCCUGCGCCUUCGUCUGUCCAAACCGCCUGUUCCGGAUGUUCCGGAUAAUGACGAGAAUCCAACUGAUGAUGAGAAGGAGGAGGAGGAGGAGGAGGAGGAGACACAGCCAGAAGAUCCUCGAUUUCUGCGAACACCUACCCCUGAGCCUGAGAUCUCAUUCAGGCUGUAUGAACGGGUGAUUAUCAAUGGGAUAAAGGAGCCUAUAAAGAUCAAGUUACGGAAUGUCACAACAAAUGAUAUGACUGUCAGCUUCUAUCAGUAUGUUAUGAAGCAGAACUGCAAGGAGAUAGAAGUUGCAAAUUGUAUAGCAGUCAUCUCAUCAAACAAAUGUGGAUCUUCAAUCAAAAUCACCCUCGAGGAGGAGACAGAUUGGAGAGAGAUUAUCACUCUUUUGAAGGAGUUAUAUAAGGAGAAGAUGAGCGGAUUUAGCAUUGAGAUUACCACCUCUUUUAAUCUUCUUGAUAUCUCAACUUUAUCCUCAAACACCUCUGUAAUACGCGGUCCUGCAGCUUUCAUUGGAGUGUCGGAUUCCCAAUUAACAACCCAGGCAUUGGCAUCAAAAAGAGCAUUAGAUGUCAAAGAAGAAGUAAUCUCACUACCUGCCAAAUCCCCUCUCUAUCGUCCUGCCAAAUCCCCUUGA